GUUACAAUUUCAUUAUAAUGAUUUAAAUGCUGAUGAUAUGUUUCAAAGAAAUUGCUGAUAUGAAGUUCGUAAAGUUCAACGUAUUUUUAAUAAUAAUCGGAACAGGCAGUCUGGGGGACGCACCAAAACAUGAUUACCUGAAAGGAUUCACAAACUAUCUGCAGAAAGAGUCGAAAUUACAUCAGGUAAUGUUUGUCAUUGGCGAUCAUAUGAUGAAUUAUCCAAGUUCAAGAGUAAAUCCUCUCGUUCGAGAAGUUGGCAAGCACUUUCCAACCUUGUGCAUCAGUUUGUCUUCUUUUCGGUAUCAAUUCAUCGAGACAAACUACUCGUCGGCUCUACAAAAUCCCAGAAGAACGACAUUGUUUAUUCUAUUUCUCAGCGGCAACCCAAACGAAACUAGGAUUCAAGAAGUAACUGUAGGUGAACAACUGAAUAGUCUGUCAAUGGGAUAUUCACAUCCGAAAUGUAUGAUCAAUCUAUUUCCACACAACAAUUCUUUAUCAAUAAAAAAGUUGAUUAAAAGGUUAUGGCGGAAUGAAUUUCUCGAUAUUGCUGUAAUGACGCAACCAGACGACAACCAAAGAUUCUUGAUAACCGACAAAUUAAAUCAAUCGAUUUUGCAUCAGAUGAAUUCUUUUUCUGGAACCUAUUUCACUCAGAAAUUAACAGAUGACGUACAAUGGUUCCCGAACAAACUGAGAAACCUGCAUAAGUAUAUGUUAAAAUUUUGCUUCACUACUGAUCAAAAUUCUUUACCAAAAGGAGAAAAUCUGAAAAAAAUCAGAAGAUUUGUUAAUCUUUUAACGACAAACAUGAAUUGUCGUACGAAAACAUUAUUUUUUAAAAUCAAAGAUUUUGGAGCUUAUGGAUCACUUCUGUCUGCAAACAAAAUGGAAAUGGAUUUACAUGCCAGAAACGUUAUCUUAGUCAAUCAGAGUCAUUUAAAAAGUCUUCGAAUGCGUAUUACUAGUAUUGGUAGCUUGAAAGCUGUAAUUCCCAAACAUUCAAGAACAACUAAAACUUUGACAAUGUCCGAGGAAUUAAUUACCAUGAUGUGUGUCACUGUCGGUGCAAUUAUUUUGCUUCGGAUCACAGCUCUCGUGUUAAAAUUGAGAAGGAGAACAUGGCGAACUUUUAACGUCAGUCGAAUUGUACUGGGAAUGUCAACUGACAACGAGCCGGAAGAAUCUCCAGAAAGAAUAAUUUUUGGCGUGCUGAUGAUCUGUUGUAUUGCAUACUCCAGCUACUUUUACUCAGUAAUUCUGGACAUCAAUUGGCGACCACAGGCGGAAAUAACAACACUCAAAGAAUUGCUUGAUUCUGACCUGACACAUAUGACAAGUCAACUGGUAAAAGAGAUGUUGUUGAUUAGUCCUAUCUCUGAGGUUCAGAAAUUAGGAACAAAAUCUACUGUGUAUCCUGAUCAAUGGAGGGAUUUUAACUGCCUGGCUUUCUUGUCUAAGUAUGGAAAUGUGACUUGCAUAAUAAGCGAUUCUCAAGAAGCGGUUAAAGAUUUCGAAUCAAGAACACAAAAAUGGAACAUGAAGGUACUACCGAAAUCUUUAUCAUAUUACUUCCAAACGUUCAUGUCAAGACGUAAUUCACCAUACAUUGAUCAGUUUAACGAAAAAAUUUUGCGAGCCUCAGAAUCAGGCAUACUGUCAAAAUUGAUACACAAUGAUACAAAAAAGCAACUUAAUCAUCCCUCUGGGUCGGAGGAAAUAUCAGGUGAAAAAUUACUUCCACUGGUUUUUCACACUUUGGCUAUUGGAUACACUCUUGCAUUGAUCGCCUUCAUUGUCGAAGUUCAAAGCAUCAUGAGAUGGUCGAAAAUUCGCUCCUUUUGCACAAGUCGAUUGAUCAUGAUUAGGGAUAUAUUUCGUUGAAUAAAGAUAAUUUCGUUUUUUAAAGAAUUUUAUUGAAAUUUUUGUAAAUAAUCUAUUCAGUGUAAUAAAAAAAAUUAAUUUAACUUCUUUCCACUCAACUAUAUACAUAAUGGUAGUUGAAUUUUUCGAAUAAAUUUUUUUCAGUGUGUAUAGAAUUUUUUUAUAGAAAUUAGGAAUGAGGUUAAAAUUGUGUCUGAAAAUCAAGGAUAAAU